GCAAUCUUUUAACCUUAUUCCCAGUUUUAACUCUUAACACUCCCAGUCUCAGGAAACCAAAAGUCAAAAAAGCAUCCUCCUUUUUUUGCCUUCUUCUUUUCUGAAUCUGAGUCGCAGAAGAAUUUCAAAAACAAUUCGCUUCCCGUUUGAAACACCAGAAAUCUAAUGAUGAAGAUACAAAAAACCCUUUCAUUCAUUCUCAACAGAAUUCCUCUCCUCUGCAACUAUCAAGAGCAGUACUAGAAACUUACUAACUUAAGUCUUCUUUCUGCUCUCCUAAACAGUUUUCAUGGAAAAGCAAUUAGUAUCAGGAUCAGCACCAGCAAAGGAAUCAGCUGAGACAGUGAAAUACAGCGCCCAACGAUGCCAAAGGCGGAACCUUGGCUUGUUUUUCCACAUGGAAAAGGUAGGAAAUUUCAGAGUUUUUAUAAUCCCUGUGAACCCAAUAAUAGAAAUUGCAUCAAGUCUAUACCAGAGAGGCAAGGUAGAGCGUAUUAUCAUAAAACUUUUCAUCAAGGAUGGCUAAUUGUUAUUGGUAAUGUUCAAGAUAAUGCUGAGUAUUCUGUCGCUGAUGCUAGGGAUUUAGAUGAUUGUUUCUUGUGGAAUCCUGUAUCUUCUGAAAUUGUUCAAUUGCCUAAUCUAGAUCGUCGGUCUUUCAGUACCGAAUCAAAAUAAUACUUUAUGUUCGACUUGGUAUUAUCCUCACCACCUCUUCCAAGCACUUGUAAUCCUGACAAUGAAGCCAACUGCACUGUAUUCCUCAUUUUUAGAGGUAUGAAUGAUGAUGAAGUUAGUCAUGAUAAGCAUAUUUUAGUUUUUUGUAAAUCCGGAGACAAACAAUGGAGAACAAAGGAAUUGGAUAGCCCCAGAGGUGAUCGUUCCAAAUUCAUUGAUUCCCUGCUUUGUUUUCAAGGUAAGUUAUAUGCAUUCACUGUUGAAAAUUGGGUUAUAGAGAUCGAAAUACAAAAACUAUGGCAUCAUGUUGUCGUUGAUGAACAAACCCAAUUUUUUAGGAAAUUCAAUGUAGACCAAGACUGUUUCCCACUAAUAGGAGGAGGAGAGGAGUUCAGUCUUUACAUGGAAAAUUGGCUUGAAUCUGGUAAUGAAAUCUUUAAAGUUUAUUUAAAUUGCAGCCCAAGAGGUUUUAAAAAAGUUAGCUCGACACAUAUCUUCAAGUUGGAUUUUUCAUCAAUGACUUGGGUUUUGUUGAAGUCUUUGGAUGAUCAUGUUCUCUUUUUGUCCACAAACAUGGACAUGUUAGACUUGUACUCUAGAAAGUGUUAUUCAACGUCCAGCGCGUAUUGCUCAGCAGCUGCUAUGGGACUGGAAAGGGGUUGUUUGUUCUAUACACUACCCGAAGAUCAAACUUUGUAUGUAUAUGAAGUAGAAGAUAGUGGUACUAGCGUCAUCUUGCCGUUUUUGGAGCUUCCGACUCCAUGGUUUCUACCUACUUGGAUAAUGAUGCCCACAGCAAUGGACAGGCGCACUGCUGGAAGAAGGAGAAGAAUAACAGAUCUUUUAGUAAGCGAAGAUACAACUGAAACCAGUGUAGAAGAGGAGAAUAUGACCAGGGUAAAUAAUACAGGAGGAGAAUUAGAAGCAUCAAAACAGUGGGAUUUUCUUGAGGAUUAUGACAGUACAGAGGAGAUAGCGAGAUUUCUCCAUCCAGCGGAUUACAAUCACUUCCGCGUAGCCUGUAAACAAAAUUCAAUAUUUCUCCCUGCAUUGAACCAAAUAUCGGCUUCUACAAGGACCACAACAACUAAGUAUUUAUCUCCAUGGCUGAUUUCCAUCUUUGAAGUUGAUGAAGAGACCAUCUGCAAUGUCGUAGACCCGAUGCAAGAUAAUGAAAAGUAUCUUACGAAAUUGUCUGAUCAAUUGCUUGUAGGUGCUACAGUCCGUUUUUCGAAAGAUGGAUGGCUUGUAUUGUCUAAAGGGGAAACAACUGUAUUCUGCUACAAUCCCUUCACAAGAGCAAUGAUCUGUCUUCCAGAUGUACCUGAUAAUUAUGCACUUGGUGGAAUGUCAUUCUCGUCCGUACCAACUUCUCGUGAUUGUGUGGUGAUUGCCAUCUCCCGUUGGUGGGAGAGUGGAGAUGACAAUGAGAUAUCUUUCUUGGUCACUGAACCGGGAAAGAGUGCAACUGGUUGGGCAAUUCAUAAAUUCGAUUAUGGAGAAGCCUCCACUGAGGACAAUAUUACGCCGUGUAUGGAUAACUUUAUGCCGUGUAUUAACAACCCGGUUUUCUAUAACGGAGCUUUCUACUGCUUAGAUUAUAAUGGAAUGUUAGGAGUUUUUAACAUGAAAGGUGAUUCCAGUUGGAAAGUACUUUCGAAGUCGUCGAAGCAAUUCAGUGUUUUUUAUCCUAGUUAUCUGGUGGAGUGUGAUGAAAAGCUACUAUUUGUGAAUUUAGGGCAGAGUGGAAAACCCGUAGAUAUUUAUAGAUUGGAUGAUUCGGAGAUGGUCUGGGUAAAAUUGAACAGUUUGGGAAAGCAUGCAUUAUUCAUCAGCUAUACAUCCAGUUUUUCAGCGGUUUCUCCACGUAGUUGCGUGGAGAACAAUAUCUACUUCCCGAGAUUACAAGGCGAAAGGAUUUUAUACUACUCUCUUGAUGCAUGCAGGUAUCAUUUUGUAGGGGGUAAUCAACAUUCCACGCAAGAUUUUCAUAAGACGAAGGAAAGGUCAAACUGCACUUGGAUUGAGCCUAGAUGGUCUUAGGCAAAUCGUAAUCAAGAGCCUGACUUAGCAUCUAAAACCCGGUACUAUUUGUCUCCUGUAAGUUCUGUGGCACAUUCAGUAGUGGCUUAUGUAUAUGUGGUGGAGUCAGGCUGCCACUUAAUUGCUUUGGGGUAAAUUUCAGUUGGAGUGUUGGUCUUUGGGUUAGCGCAUUAUUCAUAUUUGGAGUUCGAACUCAUGGCAGACGAACUUCUGAUGAGCAACUCUGAGAUCGAGGUUCAUUGUCGAGCUAUGGGUUCAUUGUCGCAUUCAUUGUCCAAGUUUGUCUGUCUAUGGCUCGCUCAGAGCAGAUGGAGAAAGUUCUGCAAGAAUAACAGAAACGAUUAUGGGAAAAAGAGGUCUAGGGGGUGGUUCUGGUGGAUCUGUUCUCUUGUUUUUGCAUACGCUCGCACUCGAUGAUGUUGCCAUGAGUGUUGGGGACAUGUCAGUUGUGAUGGUGGUGGCCUGGUGGAGUGGAGGUGGUGGAAGGGUUCAUUUUCGUUGGUCUGACAUUCCCGUUAAAGAUAUCUGUUAACUUUAUAUCUGUUAGCUUUCGUCAACUUGUAUUUGAUAGUUUUUUAACUGUCUAUGUUCCCGCCUGGAGAUUAAAGAUUUGUGUUUUUGACAUUGGAGGAUCAGGUAGAGAUAAUGGUCUUGAUGGGGAAAGUGGGACUGUAACAGGAAAAGCUUGUCCAAAAGGGCUCUUUGGGUCAUUUUGUGAGGUUGCUUGGUACUCUCUAUGAUGUGCACUCUUGCCUUGGUCAUCUCAUCACCUGUAGAUCUUGAACAAAACUGAUGACAUUACCCUUUUCUUUAGAUAUCAGAGAUUCUUCUUUAGAUACAAGUGUUUGUCUCAUGCUAGACACAUUGUGCUGCUGUAUCUUUUUCAAAAUUGAAAUUUCUAAUAUAGAUGGUGAAUGUGAAUCCGAUUGUUGCAGGCAUGCCCCACUUGCACCUGUAAGAAUGUCAGCGGAUCUGACAAAUCUCUUUGUCGUCAAUGCCUUUCUUUUGAGCUUCGAAAAUCGUGCCCUAUGCAUAACUGUGCGAGGCUGUUUCUAAGCUUCCUGUUGCUGAAGAAUUGAUAUAUACUUUUGGAGGGCCAUGGUUAUUUGAUUAUCUCAAUCCCGGCCAGCAACAACAAGUUCUAUGGAUCCUCACUUCUAGCUUGUUCGCUGAACUUUGGCACAUAUUCCACUCUUUUUUUCCCCUUGAAAAUUAGUAAUGGUGUCGUUGUCAAGUGAAGUACAUCUACAUGGAGCAGCAAUGAAAAAAUGGGAAUGCUCACCUAGUUGAAGAUGUGUUAAAUUGAAUUGAAUACCAAUUUCAAAUAUUCUA